AACAGACCCCAUUGUCACUUGCGUUCAGUUAAGUUCAAAGCUCAGCUCCAGAAUUGGAAGUGGGAAGGGGGGUUCGCUCCCUCUCAGGGUUUUGCUAGGGUUUAUCUGUUUCUGUCAGCCCUCUCGCUUAAAGGGCUGAAACAAUAUGUGGGCGCUUCGCCGGGCUGCUCACCCUCUUACAUGACUGUUUAUCACCAAUCAUCUAUUUUCAAUGGACUUCAUAUGGGGUGUCGUAGUCUGUGCUCACAGGUCGAUGACGAUGAACAGAGCAGUGAUGAGGUUGAUGAUUUGGAAAAUGGAUUUUCUGAUCCUAGGAUACAAGCUGCCUCCAUUCUGGUUGGAAGGAGCUAUGACGUACCCAAUGGAGAAGAAUUAGCAUCUGAACCAGAGCUCAUGGAGGAUAACUUAGCAGAAACAUGUCGAAAUGACCUGGAUGCAUCUGAGAUUGAUAUGGGUACAAGUGGUGAGGAUUCUCAAAAGAAAAGAGGUUUUACUGAGUUGUUUGAGAUCAUUGUGGGUGCUCCACGCCGUUCCAUGGGAUCUGCUCUUAAUAAGUGGGUUGAGGAGGGGAAUAAUUUGGACAGACCUCUUGCUGCCUCGAUCCUUAGUAAUCUUCGGAAACGUCGGAUGUACGGGAAGGCCUUGGAGUAUUCAGAAUGGUUAGAAGGAAGGAACGUAUAUGACUUCACUGAACAAGACUAUGCUUCUCAACUUAAUUUGAUUGCCAGAAUACAUGGGCUCUGGAAGGCUGAAAAGUAUGUUGAGACUAUUCCAGAAUCCCUUAAAGGGGUAGUAGUGCACCAUUCCCUCUUAGCUAUCUAUGUUGCAGAUCUCAACCUGGAAAAGGCAGAGGCAUUAUUUAAAACAAUGAGGGAUCUGGUGCAGCCGAUCACUGUUGCUGCAUGCAAUCAGAUGAUCGUUCUUUACAAGAGGCGAAACAAGAGGAAAAUAGCUGAUAUUCUAUUGUUAAUGGAGAAUGAAAAUGUAAAGCCAUCACUCCUUACUUACAAGCUACUAAUAGACAGCAAAGGUAAUGCCAAUGACAUUAUUGGGAUGGAGCAACUGGUAAAUAACAUGAAGGCUGAAGGUUUGCAACCUGAUCUUGGAGUUAGAGCUGUCUUGGCCAGACACUAUGUAUCUCAGGGGCUCAAUGACAAAGCAGAAGCUGUCUUGGAGGAGAUUGAAGGGAGUGACCUAAAGACUAGUCGUACAGGUCGGAAAACUUUACUCUCUCUCCACGCAUCUCUUGGCAAUGCUGAGGGGGUGGGCAGAAUCUGGAGGGAAUGUGAAUUGAAUCCCAAGGUUGAUGAGUGCAUGGUUGCUAUAGAAGCUUGGGGCAAGUUGGGCAAAAUAGAGGAGGCUGAAGCAGUCUUUGAGAAGAUGCUUCACAGUUGGCAGAAACUCUCAUCCAGGCAGUACUCUACACUCCUGAAAGUUUAUGCCAACCAUAAGCUGGUAAAUAAGGGAAAGGAACAUGUGAGGCGAAUGGUGGAGCGUGGGUGCUGGAUUGGCCCGUUGGCAUGGGAUGCACUAGUGAAGCUCUUUAUUGAAUCUGGGGAGUUGGAGAAAGCUGAUUCAAUUUUGCAGAAGGCAGCUGAGAUGAAGGGGAUGAAACCGCGCUUCAACUCUUACAUGAUGAUUAUGGGCCAGUAUGCGAGAAGGGGCGACGUGCAUAAUACCGAGAAGUUAUUCCACAGAAUGAGGCAGAAGGGGUACACCGGUCGUCUCAAGCCAUUUGAGGUUCUGAUCCAGGCAUACAUCAAUUCAGAAACUCCUGCAUAUGGGUUUUGGGAGAGGAUGAAGGCAGAAAACAUAUACCCAACCAAAUCAUUUGCUGAGCAGUUGGCACUAGCAGAUGCGUUUGGCAAGAAGGCAACUAAAGAUCUGCUUGAUUGAGAAGCAAAGUGUUGCAUAAAUUUACAGUUUUUUUUAAAAAAAUAUUAUUUACAACUUUGUGUUUCAUUUAGUAAUUUAAGCUUUUAUGAUUUUGGGGAUGUAUUUUGGCUUAUCCAAGGUCACGGAAACGUCUCUAAAUGUGGAAAAAUGGAAAAAACCUCUAAAAAUCAGUCUCUGAUAUGGGAAUUUUGGCCUUUUGGGUAUGCAUUAGCUCAAAA